CGCAGAGAAAGAAGCGGGCAUGGGGAAGGGUCGGGGAGGUCGAUCCCGGUAGUGCGGGAGAAGUUGCGGAGAAAUCCCGGGAGUCUAAAACCCGCUCUUCAGAGUCUUCAAAGGAAUUAAAAAAGAAGGCAGUUUUGGGAAAGUUUGGAAAUUUUUUUACUACAGGGAGGAGAAAAAAUCCCAAGAAUACACCGGAAACCUCUUUAAAGCCAAGUAUAAAAAGUAUAAGACCUGAAUCUCCUCAUAAGAAUUUAGCCCCUUUGGCAUCCAUAGAAAUAGAGGACCUAAAUGACCUAUCUAAGAGUGAGGAAUCUCUUACUGAUUCGAUUUACGAGCAGAACCAGCCAAAGACCCAGAAUACCUCUGACAAUUCAGAAGAUUAUCUCUACAAUAGGGAUCUGACACCUUUAUAUAAUGACAUUGUUUCAGAAUGGAACACUAAAGAAAUUUCUUCCGGCAGUGAAUGGUCACUUGAUUGGCAUAGUAGUAAUGAAACAAUAAAAGAUACAUUAUUUGAUAGCAAUCUUACAAUUGGGACACUAGAAGGAGAGAACGAACUUGUCAACGAUACAAAUACGACUCCAGAUUUCUUUAAAAGUUUAUCUACUCUAUCUGAUGAAAAUCUAGAACAAAUCAUAUUAAAUCACAAGGAAUUAGUGGAGCCUCUUACAUUUAUAGAAUCAGAAUAUGCAGAAUCAAAAGAUCAACCGUUUUUUGUGGAACCUAAGCAAGAUGAGCAUCUCCAACCUUCGAGAAUAUUGACACUGGAUAUUUUUCUUCGUAGAACUGAACAACAUUUGAAUAAACCAGUAGCUGUUGCAUUAGACGACAAUUGUAGUAACACAGACAUAAUGGAUAAAAAACCCGUAAUUAGGAAAUCUGGAAAGAGGAGAAAAUCUCAGAACUCCAGUGAUGUGCCACAUGGAGAUAGAAAUGCAAGUGAGAAUACUGUGAAAGAGGAGCCUGGUUUUGAUGGUAUUCCUUCAGAUAUGGUUUCAGAAAAAAUAAGCACCUCUGAAAGAAAACUUAGGCCUUGUCAACAGAUUAUGUCUCCCACAAAUAAUAAUGACAUAAGAUCUGGAAGUAAUCAUAAGGGUUUUACUAAAUCAGAGCUUGAGAAGAGCAAGCAGCAGAGCCCAGCCUCAUCCCCUUAUAAAAAGAAAUCCUUAAAAAAGAAUCAGUCUGAUGCAGGUCCUCCUUCACCCUUAAACGUAAAAAGUCCUGGAAAAAAUCUUUCUACCAAAAGACAGAGUGACGGCAUAAUGGAUGGUAAUCCAACAUCCAAAUGUACUUCAGUAGAAGAAUUGCCUUCUGAUGAAAACAUUGUAGUUUCUCCUGUAGGCAUUGUGACCAAUAGCAGCACUUCGUCGCCUUCUGAAGGGAGGACAGAGUCUCAGGAUUUGCAUCCUGUCAGAAGUUCUGAUGGCAGGGUUAUAUUGCAGGCUGACAAGCAUACAAAUGAUGAGGUGGAAGGCAAUGGAAGGCAAUUUUCUUCUGAUUUUGAUGAAGCAAAGCCAAGAAAUAUAUGCCUUGACGUUUCCAGAACAGUCACAACAAAAGUUAGCCUGAAAGUUGUAGAUCCUCAUUAUAGUUUCACCGAGCAAUAUGGGCAGACAGACUCAGAGGAUAAAGAGAAAUGUGCAAGCGUGAUCUGGCAUAUUAUGAGAAUAGGCAGUGUACCAGCGGUAUUUCAGAUUGCUCAGGCUUGUGGAAGCAUUUAUAAGAAUAACAUCUUUUCCGACCCGCAGAGAAAGAAGCGGGCAUGGGGAAGGGUCGGGGAGGUCGAUCCCGGUAGUGCGGGAGAAGUUGCGGAGAAAUCCCGGGAGUCUAAAACCCGCUCUUCAGAGUCUUCAAAGGAAUUAAAAAAGAAGGCAGUUUUGGGAAAGUUUGGAAAUUUUUUUACUACAGGGAGGAGAAAAAAUCCCAAGAAUACACCGGAAACCUCUUUAAAGCCAAGUAUAAAAAGUAUAAGACCUGAAUCUCCUCAUAAGAAUUUAGCCCCUUUGGCAUCCAUAGAAAUAGAGGACCUAAAUGACCUAUCUAAGAGUGAGGAAUCUCUUACUGAUUCGAUUUACGAGCAGAACCAGCCAAAGACCCAGAAUACCUCUGACAAUUCAGAAGAUUAUCUCUACAAUAGGGAUCUGACACCUUUAUAUAAUGACAUUGUUUCAGAAUGGAACACUAAAGAAAUUUCUUCCGGCAGUGAAUGGUCACUUGAUUGGCAUAGUAGUAAUGAAACAAUAAAAGAUACAUUAUUUGAUAGCAAUCUUACAAUUGGGACACUAGAAGGAGAGAACGAACUUGUCAACGAUACAAAUACGACUCCAGAUUUCUUUAAAAGUUUAUCUACUCUAUCUGAUGAAAAUCUAGAACAAAUCAUAUUAAAUCACAAGGAAUUAGUGGAGCCUCUUACAUUUAUAGAAUCAGAAUAUGCAGAAUCAAAAGAUCAACCGUUUUUUGUGGAACCUAAGCAAGAUGAGCAUCUCCAACCUUCGAGAAUAUUGACACUGGAUAUUUUUCUUCGUAGAACUGAACAACAUUUGAAUAAACCAGUAGCUGUUGCAUUAGACGACAAUUGUAGUAACACAGACAUAAUGGAUAAAAAACCCGUAAUUAGGAAAUCUGGAAAGAGGAGAAAAUCUCAGAACUCCAGUGAUGUGCCACAUGGAGAUAGAAAUGCAAGUGAGAAUACUGUGAAAGAGGAGCCUGGUUUUGAUGGUAUUCCUUCAGAUAUGGUUUCAGAAAAAAUAAGCACCUCUGAAAGAAAACUUAGGCCUUGUCAACAGAUUAUGUCUCCCACAAAUAAUAAUGACAUAAGAUCUGGAAGUAAUCAUAAGGGUUUUACUAAAUCAGAGCUUGAGAAGAGCAAGCAGCAGAGCCCAGCCUCAUCCCCUUAUAAAAAGAAAUCCUUAAAAAAGAAUCAGUCUGAUGCAGGUCCUCCUUCACCCUUAAACGUAAAAAGUCCUGGAAAAAAUCUUUCUACCAAAAGACAGAGUGACGGCAUAAUGGAUGGUAAUCCAACAUCCAAAUGUACUUCAGUAGAAGAAUUGCCUUCUGAUGAAAACAUUGUAGUUUCUCCUGUAGGCAUUGUGACCAAUAGCAGCACUUCGUCGCCUUCUGAAGGGAGGACAGAGUCUCAGGAUUUGCAUCCUGUCAGAAGUUCUGAUGGCAGGGUUAUAUUGCAGGCUGACAAGCAUACAAAUGAUGAGGUGGAAGGCAAUGGAAGGCAAUUUUCUUCUGAUUUUGAUGAAGCAAAGCCAAGAAAUAUAUGCCUUGACGUUUCCAGAACAGUCACAACAAAAGUUAGCCUGCCAGCUAAACCAAAGAAUAUUGAAUUAAACCUUAAAGCUUCAAAAACCCCGGAAAAUACGGAAAAUGAGCAAGAUUCUACAGACAAAGUUAAACUUAACUUCAGCAUUGCCAAUAAAAUAUCCAUGUUUGAAAGCAAGCAAAACAAUCAACAUCAAUCUGCUGAUGCUCCUGCUUCAAAAAGAGGUUCUGUAUCAAAUACAUUUGUUGGCAGAGCAAAGUUGAAGUUCGGACGACAGCAAACUGAAAGUGAACAGACUAACAAAAUAACAAAUAAAGGAAACCAUCGUCAGAAAUUAGUGCAAAAUGGCACCAAAGUAAAAGAAAUCUCUUCAGACACAAACAUUAAGGCACCGGGAAAGAUUGUGGCAAACAACAUACGUGAGGAUGUUAGGAAAAAUGAAGAACUUGGAAAAGUUGUUAAAUGUCAAGUUAAUGAGAAUGACAAAGUAGAUGGUAAUGAAAUAAAUGAUUUCACUUUUGCAAAAAUUGAUACAGAAUUGGUCAAGGACAAAGACCUAGAUAAUGUUUCGUCUAUAGCGCAGAAUGAAGAAAUAGAAACAAAUAAUUGGAGUACAAAUGCCACAUCCUUAUCUUCUGAAAGUGAAGAGACAUUUUCCUUCAGCUCAUAUCAUGAUGUUCCCAAUAAUAAUGCUAAAUCUUUGCCGCAGCCUGAUUUGACACCCCAAAAAUCAGAAUUAAACCAGAUUUCUCAGUUUGAAAAUGAAGAUCAAAAGGUGAUUAAUACAGUUUUGGAAGACAACCAAGAAUUUGAACAAAAUAACAGCGGGCAAGAAAACCAAAGCAGUGGUUGUAAUGUUUCUGAAGGCAGUAGCACUGAUGGCAUUUGUGACUCUCCUUCAGAUAUGGCCAAGUUUACAGAAACACUUAAAAAUCUAGACAGUUCUAUUUGUAUACCUCAAAAAAAGAAAAAGCAGAAGCUUCCAAAGCCUCCUGCCCCUCACUUUGCAAUGCCUCCAAUUCAUGAGGACAAUUUAGAGAAAAUAUUUGACCCUAAUAUAUUUACCGUGGGAUUGGGAAUCAAGAGAGACAGAUCACAAGAUCUAACUCCAUCUGUCCAGUUAAAAUUGCAAAGCCUAGAGACUGAUGCUAGGAUUAGACCUAAGCGAGCCUCUGCUGAGAACAGCCUCCUUCUCCAGUCCCUGAAGUUACCCAGUAGAGCAGAUUCAGCUCUCAUGCAGGAAAUGAAUGGGAAAGAGACCAAGGACAGCACAGACAGUGACAUCAAGAGGUCUCGACUUGAAAAUAGCACCAUCUUCUCCAGUCUGCUAGCUCCCGUAACUAAAGAAAAAACAUUUACGCCAUCUGUAACCACUGUAAACACAAUCACAACAUCUUUUGCAUCUCAGAAGAGCUCCACUUCUCCAGGAAUUCCUCCUCUAAUAUUUGAUGUAACUCAGAUAUCCGAGCCUCUUCCGGGUUUCAAAGCACCAAACUAUAUGGAUAAAUAUUUACAAACUGAUGAUGCAAAAAAAGAGAGAAUUUUACAAAUGCCAAACUUUGGAAGCCUUGAAAACAGUUUUUCAAACUGGUUGAAACCUGGUCAGUGUGAAUCAAAUGAAUUCUUACCUAUUGAGACAUUUUCAGGAAAAACCCAGAAUAAAACUAAUCCUAGACCUGGAAAGGUGGUGAUUUGCAAUAAAUCAGAUGCCCCUGAAAAUAGUUUUGAAGUUUUUCAUGAUGUGUUGGAUUGCACCUCUUGGAAAUUGUCGCCUGUGAUUUUAGUUAAAGUUAUCCGAGGAUGCUGGAUUCUGUAUGAGAAACCAAAUUUUGAAGGAGUUUCUAUUCCAAUGGAAGAAGGAGAAUUGGAAUUUUCAAAUCUUUGGGGGGAAGAAGCAUUUGACAAUGAAGAUACAUGCAAAACUCCCGAGCCUAUUACAAUUGGUUCAAUCAGGCAUGUAGUAAAGGAUUAUAGAAUUUGCCGAAUCGACCUGUUUACAGAACCACGAGGAUUAGGCUUAGUAAAUGCAUAUUUUGAUGAUACUGAAGAAACACGACUUGGGUCUUCUCAGAAGACUUCUUCUAUUCAAGUGUAUUGGGGCAUAUGGCUACUUUAUGAAGAACCUGGUUAUCAGGGAAUCCCUUUAAUGUUGGAACCAGGAGAAUAUCCUGAUCUGUCAUGCUGGGAGAAAAAAGAGGCAUAUAUUAGAUCUUUGAAGCCCCUGAAAAUGGGUGGACGCAAGGUUGAAUAUCCUAAAAGCCAAAAGGUAAUUGUUUAUGAAAAGCCAUUCUUUGAAGGAAGACAUAUAGAACUGGAUUCAGAAUUAACAGCUCUUGCUAAGGAAGGAGACAGAACUGAAGAAUCUGAAGAGUUGGAAAAUGAGCUGCUCACAUCAAUAGGAUCUAUAAAAGUGAAGGGAGGAAUCUGGGUUGCUUAUGAGAAGUCAGAAUUUGAAGGACAUCAGUAUUUACUGGAAGAAGGUGAAUACCAGGAAUGGACGGACUGGGGUGGUUAUGAUGAACAGUUGCAAUCACUGCGGCCUGUUCUAGGGGAUCUGAUGCACCCUCACAUGAUAAUGUACACUGAAAAAGACUUUGGCAGUAAAGGUUCCAGUAUAAAUGUAUUAGGGAUUAUUUCCAAUUUGAAGGAUACCGGAUAUGGAUUAAGGACACAAUCCAUAAAUGUGAUUAGUGGAGUGUGGGUGGCUUAUGAAAACCCUGACUUUACAGGAGAACAAUAUAUUCUUGAUAAAGGAAUGUACACCAGCUGUGAAGCUUGGGGGGCAAAGAAUAAUAAGAUAUCUUCAGUUCAACCUAUACUUUUGGAUAUCAAUGAUCAUAUGGAAAAUUUUAAGGUCCAGUUAUUUUCAGAACCAGAGUUCCAAGGCAGCAGUCAAAUACUUGAGAAAGAUAUGUCUCAAAUUGUGGAAUUUCCUGCUAAAUCUUCAAAGGUAUUAUCUGGCAGUUGGAUUGCAUAUGAUAAAGAAAAUUUCUCUGGGAAUCAGUAUGUGUUAGAAGAAGGAGCCUAUCCUGAUCUGUCUUCAAUGGGUUGCCUACCCCAAACAUGCUUGAAAUCGUUACAAGUUGUAAAUAUUGAACUUUCUGAGCCAGUCAUAACCCUUUUUGAAAAAGAAAACUUCAGAGGAAAGAAAUUUGAAUUCAUUACAGAAAUAGUGAAUCUCCAAUUUCUUGGCUACAAUCCUCAUAUUGCUUCAGUAGACGUCCAUGGUGGCAUAUGGAUUAUUUAUGAACAUCAUAAUUAUAAAGGCCGUCAGAUUUUACUAACGCCUAAAAAAAUAUCAAACUGGAAAGAGACAAGUGGCUAUCACAAAAUUGGUUCCCUACGACCUUUAUUGCAGAAACAAGUCUACUUCAGACUCAGAAACAAAGAGACUGGAAAAUUCAUGGCAGCUGAUGGAAAUAUGGAUGACUUGAGUCUUCUGAGGAUACAAGCUGUGGAAGACAAUAAAUCUGGAGAUCAGAUCUGGGUUUAUCAAGAUGGAUUCAUCAAGUGUAGGGGAGCAGAAGACAUCUGUUUAACGAUUGUAGGAAAUUUGAUCACCCCUGGUACAAAGCUGGGCCUGGCCCUUCAGCAAAACGAUGAAAAGCAAAACUGGAGUUUUAAUUCUGAUGGCAAGAUUUACAGCAAAAUGAAACAAAAUUUAGUAUUAGAUAUUAAAGGGGGAAAACAAUAUGAUCAAUCCCACCUAAUUCUCAGUACAGCCAGUGAGGACAGACCAACCCAGUGCUGGGAGCCACUGAUUAUUUAAAAGGCAGAUUGAGAUGUAACCCCAAUACUUGAGAAGUCAAUUAGACAAACGAUGGUUUUCCAACCAGCUUGUUCAUUUGAAGAAACAAAAAUUAUAACAUGAUUACUCCAUCUCUGCAUCCAAGAGUAGAGUACCCCAUAUGGAUGUCAUGUCACCUAAUUUCUAUUGUUUGUUAGCUCUGCCUUGUUUCAUUCUUUUGCUCAAGCCCACUGCCCUCCAUGCUCUGCAGAGGGGCAGACCAAACCAGAAGUGAGGAAGUUACUAAAUAUGGAGCUAUAACAUGCCUAGAAUGGACUCGCUGUUUCAGAGUCUCUUUUCCAACGCUUUGGAUAGAAGGAAGAUGACAGGUUUGGCAAGGUCAGCCAUACUUUCCUUUGCCACAAAUGAAAUUGUGUAUGAGUAUAUGGUAUAAAUAUUCUGGGUUGAAAGGAAGGUCUUAGACUUCUCUGUCCUUUUCUUAUUGCAAACAUGCAUCACAAGCAGCUAUUUUAUAUCACUAAGGGCUACUAACAUUUUAAUGUGCAAUUCUAAAUGUACAAGUAAACUUUUAAUGUUUUGGUGCUCCAAGCUUAGAGCUGAAACUGAAUUUACUAAUGCACUGAAAUAUUUUAUAGUGAAAACUCAUUGAUAACUAGUUCAACAGCAUCAAAAAAUAAAUUAGAUAUUUAUGUAAAAUCUAAAUCAUUUCAGAUGAUUUUAAAAUAAAUGAAAUUGUGAUAGAUGAAUGCUUUAGUGCCUAACAAACAUUUGUUGCUGAGUUUUUUAUCUGUUAAAAAUGCCAAUUAUCUGCGUGGCUGCCUUUAAGUGCAAUUUGCACUUACUAUCUCUGUACAUGGCAAGUGUACUGUUUCUAUGUUCUAAAAUGAGUUACUUUAAAUUGUGUAACAAAGUAUAUGCGACUUGCGUAGCACAAGUUUUUGCUUUUUAAUGAACUGCAUUAAGAAAUGUUUUCCUACGUCUUAUUAUUUCUGCUUUCUGCUACCAUGUACACAAACCAUUUGAAAAGCAACAUUGCCAACAACUAUCUUGGAGCAUUACCAGAUGUUGCUUGAAGCCCAUGCAGCAAGCUGAGUGUCCUCCCCGUUCCCCUCUACACACACACAAUCCAUAAUACACAAAAAUCUGCCACAGCAGCAGGAGGUAGCCAAGCCUGGUGCAUUGGAAAGUGCCUGGCUAUGCCACACUGAGAAAUCAGUAGGGGCUCAAUUAGCUUCCAACACAGAUCUGAAGUCAUAACUAGCAAUGCCCUUAGGCUGCUCAGUCAAAUGUCAUGAAAAUCUAUAAGGAUUUAACAGUGCUGCAUUGAUUCGUUUGGAAACCAGUAUUGUGUUAAUUUGCCAUUGUUUCUUGGAAAAUUAUAAUACUCAAUCCAAAUGUUAAAAUGUUUACUUUGACCCCAGUCUGCUAUAUAACUGUUUGCAACAAUCAUGUAGCUGCUAUAUUUUUCUGGUGACAUUUUGAAACUGCUGCUUAUAUCCUUGAUAAAGAAAAUAUUUUAGGGUGUGGUAUUUACAGAAAAUGUCUUUGUGUCCAAACCCUUGUAUAAACAUAGCUAUUU